AGUAAUGACCUUGUACUCCCGAGUGCUGGAUGGAACCGAAAGUCGUUUUAUGUUUAUAAAUCAGACUUCGUGACGUCAUGGUGACCGAAUUCUCUGCACAAUUAUUGCAAAUUUAUUUGACAAACAGCUACUGAUAGAUGUGUGAAUGCUACAAUAAAAUCGAACUAUAUACAGUUUCAUUGUAAAUGCCAAGGAUUCGCGGAACAAAACCCGGGAGGAAUCCGCGAGAACAACCAAUUCGCAACACAACAAAACGACAUAAAAAUGGCAAAGGAAUGUGUUCCGAAGUUUGAUCCGAACACAGAAGCAUUUCAAAUGCGCGCACAAUGGAAAAAAGUGGACAUAUGCCGGAAACAGUGGUUUGAGCAGUGGAGUUGGCUUCUGGAUGAGAGAAAGCGAACACUUGCCGAGUCGAACGCGAUUCGUCAAGAAGUUGCUGAUAUUCCUCAAGUUAUAGGCAAAUUGGAAACAACAAAAAGUCUUAAACCGGUGCCUGUGACAUCAACAGGAAUUAUUGGAUGGCUCUCUACCAAACCCGACUGUCAACUUGAAAUAUAUACUUCAUGGCUCUCAAAAAUACCAGUCAGGCUUCCUAAUUCCUGGGAUAAUAAAGACUACGUGAGCACAAAGUGAAUUACAAUUUUUAAGUCAUUUUUAUUAUCAAAUUUUAAUUAAACAUCUUUAAUUCUACUUCUGUUAUUUUCUGCUAAUUGUAUAGUUUAUUGACCAUUGUAUACUUAAAAAUAUACUUAAAAAUAAAUGUACCAAAAACGAUAA